GCCAACUCCUGCACAUCCCUUGGAGAACCACAGAAUACCCAUAGCCAGUAGAUGUUGAUUACGCUUGAGUAUGGCACCUAUUGGUUAUAAAAUGAGCAGAAAGUGACUUCACGAAACUUCUGGAAGUCUGCCUGCUGAUCCUACUAAGAAGCCGCUAACAGCAUCACCAGGCAACAGAUCGAGCAACUAGACUUGGGGAUUUGGUAUAAAGAUCGCUGUAAUUCCUCACAAGAGGAAAGAAACAAACCAUCUUUGCCUUCUUCAUCACUCUGCGUCAACAUAACUCUACCACAUCUCAGACAAUGGCCUCCCUGCCCUUCAGUGCCCGUCCCUAUGCGGUCCCUGCUUCAGCAAAUCUCACGCCCACCAGCAUCUCAAUCCCUGAUGCCGAGAUUGACAGUUUGAGGACACUUCUCAAGCUUACGCGCAUUCCCAAGCCCAACAGAUUCAACUCGCGCGAUGAUGGGUCUUUCGGCCUUCAUCGAGAUGUCCUCUCAGCGUUGGUAAAAUACUGGGAGCACGAUUACGACUGGAGAAAAUGGGAGUCUACUUUCAACACUAUUCCUCAGUUCAACAUGGAUGUUACCGAUGACGACUCCAAAACAUACAAGAUUAACUUCUUCGCUCUUUUCUCUAAAAACCCAUCUGCAAUCCCCAUUCUCUUCCUACACAGCUGGCCGGGCUCUGUUGUAGAGUAUCUCCCGAUCCUUCGCAAACUCCAAUCUCAAUACGAUGCCGAGUCACUUCCUUAUCACAUCAUUGUGCCUCACCAUGUCGGGUUUCCAUUUUCUGACGCACCGCCUCUCGACAAAGACUUUUCGCAUCUCGACAAUGCUCGCCUCAUGUCGAAGAUGAUGCAUGCGUUGGGCUUCGAUAAGUCUGGCUAUAUUGCCUCAGGUGGUGACCUCGGCGGUUGGUCAGCGCCCGUCAUUGCGAAUCUCGAUCCAGCGUGCAAACUCGUUCACAUGAGUAUGCUGAACGUUUCACAACCUGCUGGUGAAGAUGUCGAGGCCGGUAUUGAGGCAGGGCGGUAUACUCCAGAUGAGGUAGCAGCCUUUGCCAAAAUGGCCGAAUUUGCAAAGACAGGCACCGCAUUCAUCCAACUCGACGGAACGAAGCCGGCCAGUGCAGGGUAUAUCAUCGGAAGCAACCCAGUGGCACUACUCGCCUGGAUCGGGGACAAGAUGAUCAAGUGGUCUGACAAGACACCAGACAGAGAUCUCAUCAUCACGAACCUGGCCCUCUAUUGGUUCACGGGCUGCUUCCCAACGUCGGUAUAUAUUCAUCGCGUGGUCUUUGAGAACGUUGGGCUCAUGAUGAAUGGUUGGAAAACCCUCAAAGUCCCACUAGGAUAUUCAGCAUUCAAGCAUGAGCUUGUCACUGCACCUGAAAGGUGGAUCAAGCAAACAGACCAGGUAAGCUGGUAUCGAAUGCACGACAAAGGAGGUCAUUUUGCUGCACUUGAAGAGCCAGAGGCUUUAUGGAAAGAUGUUGAGGAUUUUAUCGGGGAAUUUUGGUCAAAGGCCAUUUGAGUCCUUUUGGUGUAACCAGUUUUCGAAGGUUUGCAUGUGUUUUCGUUGCAUGGAAGGAAACAUUGUAAGAUGAGAAUCCUUUACAAUUGUGGAGUCACAUAAGAGAUUGAGAAGGCAUAGGACGGUGUGCUCAACAACUAAUGCUCCGGUCCAAUAAGAACAAAUUUUUACGCAAUCAUCGAGAGUAUUCUGAUAUUGAGUGGAUAGGAUAUAGUUGCUGCCCUAGAAACAAGAAAGUACCAGACAGCUCAAUGUUGCAACAGUGA